AUUGGCGUUUGCAUCGUACAAUUCGACUCCGCAUCAGCUACAUAAAUGGUCAGCAGACCUUACUUGUGGCCUGGGUUAAAUAUCAAUUAGUUGUUCUUAUGUGAAACCCCAUCUUCAAGACAUGCUUCUUCUUCUUAUCAUCAGUGGCAACAAGUGGUGCAGUUCUGUUUGUCUGUGAGUGGGUUAUCUUGUCACAUUUUGCGACACGUGGUUGGAGCUUCUAUUGUCAUUUGAACUCUGAUAACAACAAUAUCUGCAGAGAAAAGAGAGAGGCGUUCUCACGUGGCCAGAAUCGUGUGAGCGGGCAGUAGCGUGGUGGUGGUUGGUGAGUGAUUUUUCACACAGUUCGUGUUCAGACAUCCAUCGAGCAGGAGGUCACCCACUCUGGAGAGAGUUUGGUCAAUGUUUCCCGUCAAAAAUACCUAGGUCUGGUUGUGGGUGCAACCAACCACCGUGCUAUGAGAGGAAAGUUCUACUGGAAAUUGGAUACCGUUAUAGAACAACAACCACCAGACAAGUCCUUGUGAAACUAGACUACGCUCUACCGGCUAACGAGAGUUACGACGAAGACGACGACGCUGUGUGUGGUGCUAUUUGACAAUAAUCGGAAGAAACAAGAACAAGAUGUACGACGGGGAAGAUUUUUUGUUUCAAGAAGAAGUUAAAAGUUGUAUUUUAGAGGCUGAGCACAAUGUCCAUGUGCUGACAAACAAAUUCUGCAUGCAAUGCAGAAACUUUAGUUCGAUAUAUAUCCAUGUAGCUUGGAUGAGAGAAAAGUCACGACUAGAGCACGCUAAUUCGUAUCUUGUCGGUGGUUGGUAUGGAAAGAAUCGAAUUAUGGCAUCUCCCCUGCGUCUAUCUAUGCGUCUUCAUUAAACUGUUUAACACUGAUGUCAAUUAAAAUUCCGACGCGGGAUGGGAGCACGCAUGGAAAGUGAGGAGGGACAAUUGUUCGGGACUUUUUAUCAGUUUUUGUGUGAGACUGACUGCAUGAAACUAGGAGUGAGUUGAAUGAAACUAGCUGGGAGAGAGAUAGAGAUAUCCCGAGCAGGAAAGAAGGGAACAACGGCGUGGCACGCUGCUUUUAAUAUAUUGUGAUUUGAAACGGGACCGGUGUGUGGAUUGUAAUGGGUUGGGACGUAGGGGGCGAGCCGGCAGCAAAUCAAUAAAUUUAAGCGAGGAACAACGGAGGACAGACGGCGGAUGGAUGGUGGGAGCCGAACCGAGUCCCGGGUUCUUAUAUACUUGCUAAGGAAAGGGAGUGCUGUUGUGCGCUGCUGUUGGCUUCCCUUUAGCAUAGCAUACACCACGGAUUCGCAAACGAGGUUUUCGGGCUUUUGCUAUGUCUGUGUGUGACGUGUGCUUAUGUGAAGGAAGACUGGCUGAACUGUAUGAGUGAGUCGAGCGAGGUCAUACUGAUCUUCCCUUUGGUGUUCCAGGUUCGGGGGAUUGUCACGACAUGAAGGAAAGGUCAAAAGCGACCGGUGCUGGGGGGGAAGGGUCGUCCACAGCGUCCUCGGCCAACGACCAGCCGCCAGGAACUGAUACAGCAGCAGCGACGCUAGGAAAAAAUUGCCAAGAAUUCCCAAACCAAUUGUCCAUUCCUUUCUCAAAACUAACAUUUCCAAUGACCAAAGCUAGUACGCCUAUUAUCGACUUCUACAAAGGCCGCUCUGUAUUCAUCACUGGUGCCACUGGGUUUGUCGGCAAAGCUACCGUGGAAAAGAUCCUUCGAACGUGUCCCGACGUGGGCAAUGUCUUCAUUUUGGUCCGACCAAAGGCUGGUUGUAGCGUUGCCGAAAGGAUGGAGGACCUUCUCAACAAUUCACUGUAUGAUUUCCUGAGAGCCGAAAAUCCUGAUGUUUUGAAAAAGAUCGUGCCUAUUGCUGGAGAUAUUACGUUGCCUGAGUUGGGAAUAAGUGAGGAUGAUCAACGAAAAUUAAUACAAAAUGUAUCCGUCGUAUUUCAUUCUGCUGCUACGGUCAAGUUUGACGAGAAAUUGAAGCUCUCAAUUAACGUAAAUGUUCAAGGAACAAAACGAAUGGUGGACUUGUGUAAAAAGAUGCAACAUUUAGUUGCACUUGUUCAUGUAUCUACUGCCUACGCCAAUUGUGAACGAGAGGAAAUCGAGGAAGCUAUUUACCCACCCCCUUGUGAUCCAUACAAACUGAUGCAGAGCGUUGAAUGGAUGGAUGACGACAUUGUGGAAACCAUUACACCUCAGUUGAUUGGCAACAAACCAAAUACUUAUACUUACACUAAGGCAUUGGCAGAGCAUGUACUUACCUUGGAGGCUAGCGAACUUCCUUUGUGCAUCGUUCGUCCAUCAAUUGUGACUGCAACAUGGAAAGAACCUGUAUCCGGAUGGGUUGAUAAUAUCAAUGGCCCAACUGGACUGAUUGCAGCCUGUGGUAAAGGAGUUCUCCGGACGUUAUUAUGUCAUCGAAACAAAGUAGCAGAUCUAAUUCCACUGGAUUACCCAGUUAACUUGAUAAUUAGUGCGGCUUGGUAUUUGGCAACGAAAAAAUCGCGUACAAUUAAAGUGUACAAUUGUUGCACGGGAACUCAGAAUCCACUGAAAUGGGGGCAAUUGGAAAAUUGGGGGUUUAAGCAUCUUACUGUCAAUCCUUUGAAUGAUGUUAUGUGGUAUCCUGGGGCGUACUUCCGAUCGAACGCUGUCAUGAAUAACAUCAAUGAUUUUCUCAUCCACUAUGUCCCUGCCUACUUAAUGGAUAUCUGCGCUCGAUUAUCAGGAAAAAAGCCAAUAAUGCUCAAAAUCUAUGGAAAGCUAACUAAAGCUUUGAACUCUCUGCGAUUCUUCACUACUCACGAGUGGCGGUUUGCUACGCAAAAUAUGCUGACGCUUUAUGAUAUUAUGAAUCCAGAAGAUCAAAAAAUUUUCAACUUCAACGUCAAGGAAAUCAAUUGGCCAAGCUAUAUUGGCAAGUAUUGUUUAGGGAUUCGUAAAUAUGUAAUGAAGGAUGACCUCAGCAGUCUUCCCGCAGCGAGGAAACACGUUCGGAAGCUCUACUGGGUGCACAAAUUCACUCAAUUUUUCCUCAUAUUGAUCUUUUGGAGGGCAAUCAUGUUCCGCUCAGAUACUGCCCGUCAACUUUGGUCCUUCAUGUUUGGCAUGGUCCUGAGGAUGGCAAGGAUGCUACCGUGCGGUGAAGGCAUUUAAUAAUUUCAACUAUCACAAAAAAAGAACUACGAAUUCGUCGUCAUAAAUCUGCGGUGAUGUGGUUCAGACAUUGCUACUAGAAAACAAAAAAUAAGUGUUUCUAUUAAUAGGUAUUCUUCAGCAUCGUCUCAACAAGUCGAAUAAUAUAUAGCUAGCUACUCAAUACAAUAAUCAUUUUAGUAUAUAAAGGGUAAAACAAAAAGCACAUUAAUCGAUAGUCAAUAAUUUCAUCUUUCAGAGAACGGUCCUAUUAUAUAACCUUCACAUGUCGUCCAUCUGCAACACUGUCAAAAGCCGGUUACCAAUUCCAAUAUGUAUUUAUUCCAGCUAAUUUUAACUCGCUUUCUUGUUGGCUCAUCCUCUGUGUGUAAAAUUCCACUCCCGUUUUAAAAUUAUCUGAUACCUUCGUAUGUUUUUUGUCUUUUUGGGAAUGUGCUCAAGCUUUUUUAGGUUUUCACUUUAAACCACUCGCAAUAUUAUGUAUUAUUACACUUUGUCAGUUUCCUUUUGUGAACUGCUUAAUUUUAUUUGAUGAUUGUUGUUAUUACUCAAAAUUCUAAGUGUUACGGUUAGAAUUUGGUUAAUUGUAAAUUAAACUGUAUGAACGAUACUUGACGACCUGUUCUAUUUUGCCUUUUCUUUUAAUUGCAAGUUGCCUGGCCGGUGUGUGUAUGUGUGUCUCUGUGUUUGCGUGUUAAUGACGAAUGAUGAGACGAUGACUAUUAUUACCUGUUCUGAUGAAUGAUACCUAGUGAAUCACUAUCAGUCUUUAUCUUUACUAUUAAUUAUAUAUACAUAUAUAUUAUCUACGAUAUAUAUAAUAUAUAUAUAUACAUAUAUAUAUUUGCUAAUAAUAUGUAGGACCACGCUCAUCGAUAUAAAUUAGGUUCGUCUCAAUUAUUGAUUCAUUUGCACCAUCACGACCUGAUUCCUGAUUUUGUAAAAGUAAAUCUAUGCAGUGACAUACACAGCAGGACCGCUUUUGUAUUCAAAGCAUUCAUAUUCAUAGUAGUAAGUAGACAGCUCAAAUCAAAAUAUAUAUGCACUUUCACUUUCGUUUUCAUAUCAAUAAUAACGGUAGUUACGUAAUAAUGGUGUAGAGAGAGACCAUUCAAUUUACAUAUGUAGACUUUGUUGCGUCAGCCAAAAAGUAAUAACAUGUUGUAUAUUCUACAGUACAUAUGCAAUAUUGAUAAUGAUUGGAAAAGUGAAAGUUUCUCAGCUCUUCUUGCGUCAUUUUUGUUAGAAUUGUAUUUUUAUACGUCAGGCAGCUACAUAAGUAGGAAGUGAAAGUACGUGAGUGAGAGAGAGAAGAGGUUUAUGUUACGAGGGGUUGAUUACUAUACGACUAUUAAAGUCGACUCCUCCAAGAAAUAAGUGUAUGUAUGGUGUUGGUGCUGCUUAAAUGUUUCUUCAACGUGACAAAUAAAAAAUAAUAGGAUGGUUCCGGUCAACAUCUAAUAUCUACUGCCCCACUACUACUCCCCCAAAUCCACAGGAAUCGAAAACGAAAAAACCAGUCUGCACAACAGUGAUUACUUACUACUACUACCACUUACAGUACAUUAGGUCAUUCUCUUUUUUGUCAGAGAAAGUAAAAUUUUGCCAAUAAUAAAUCGCUAUAAAGAGCUGUUAUUAUGAUAUUCUAAAAA